AUGGGUGGAACCCCAAUAUUCACCAUUCUUUUGGUUGGCAUCGGGUUAGCCAGUGCAUCUGAUAAGGCCUGUGGGACAUCAAUUGCAGCUCUUGUACUCGCGCGUGGAGGAUCUAAAGGAAUCCCGUUGAAGAACAUUGUGGAAAUUCAACCAAAUCAAACUCUGUUGGGACGGGCGCUGGAUACAAUCCGUCAAUCGGGAGUGUUUGACGCGAUUUGGGUGUCGACCGAUCAUGAGCAGAUCGCCGUCGAAGCAUAUCUUCACGGAGCAAACGUGUUUGCCCGUUCGGAAGUUCACGCCCAGGACCACUCCACUUCACUGGAUGCGACGCGCGAAUUUCUAGACGCUCAUCCGGAGAUAGAUAAAUUCGCUUUAGUGCAGUGCACAUCCCCGCUGCUGAGAGUGCACUAUCUUGAAGAAGCUGCACUCCAGCUCACGUCCCAGGAAUGCUCCGAAUGCGAGGAGCGUACCCCUUCCUGCAUAUUCAGUGUGAUUAGAAGCUAUAAGCUGCGGUGGAGAAAAGAUGCUGCAAAUGGACGCUUGGAGGCGAUUAACUUCGACCCUUUCGCGCGCCCAAGACGCCAAGACUGGGCUGGUGAGCUGGUGGAAACUGGCAUGUUUUACUUCGCAGAUCGACAAAUGAUAAUAGAGGCUAAUAGUUUUCAAAACAACAGAUGCUCCGUCGUGGAAGUAGAGGAAAUCGAUGCUCUAGAGAUCGACAACCAGAAGCAUCUAGAAUUGGCGCGCCUUUUAAUCGCGUUAGAGUGA